UGCUUUUUCUCGUGAAAGCUAGGAAGAAUACACUCUGAAAUUCUUAUGUAGCUCUUGUCUAGUGAUUAUCGUAGAUCACCUCCUCUUCCCUCCACAAUUCUUAGCCUGAAUCCUAACCCUAAUUCUGAUCUUAGGGUUUAGGAUUUCGGUUUUACCGUUGCUCAUAGCUACACGAAGUCGAAAUUCUUGACGAAAUUUCUUGUUAAGGGCGUGAGUGAUCGAUUCAUUCUAGAAAAUGACGACGCUGUUGAGGAUUUGCAUACAAUCGUUGCUGAAACUUGUUAAUUCUGUCAUGGGAAUGUAUGGAAUCGCCACGAUUUUCUACGCAGUAUGGAUUAUUAAGAUUCGUCAUCAUCAAGUAGACGACUCCUACCCCCUUGCUCCUUGGUUCAUAUAUGCCAUCUUUGGAUUUGGUGCAAUUCUAUGUGCGAUAACAUUGUGGGGUCAUAUUGCUGCAGAAAUGUCAAAUAUUUGGUGUCUCUAUUGUUACCUUAUCUUCAUCUUCUUGAUUUUAAUCCUGGAAGGUGCAAUCACCAUGGAUGUAAUCUUGAAUCCGAACUGGGAAAAGGACUUCCCAAAAGACCCAAGUGGAAAUCUUAUCGAGUUGAAGGAUUUUAUCAAGGAAAACAUUCAUUUUUGCAAAUGGGUUGGAUUGUCUAUUCUCUCUGUUGAGGGAUUCUGUAUGUUUUUGGCAACCAUUCUCAUAGCGCUUGGGCCACAUCAAAAAGACUAUGAGAGUGACAAUGAGUGUACUCAAGAAGGGGUUCCAUUCUUGAAACAUUAUUCAAAGCAUGUGGAUAUGAGGCCUUUACAAAGCAGCAUUCUCGGGAGUUUUGAGGCAUGAGUAAAAUCUGAACAAAAAGAAACUUGACUCACUAAAAGCCUGAAUUGGAGAAAUAUGCAGACUUUUAUACCUUUUUGUGAAAAGGAGCAGAGGAAACUUGAAGUAAACCCAUGAUUGCAUCCAACAAUGAGAAGAUGUCGACACAUCUUUUACUCAUGUCUUUGUUAUUAUUCGUUGAUUCUUUUUUUACAUAGAAUGCUGAGAAUGGAGUUGCAUAUGAUUGAUUUGUAUGAUAUUUGUGAAUAGCCUCUUACUAAUAUGCUUGUAAUAUGUUUUUGAAGUCUGUAAAUAUAGCUUGCUCAAGGCUUGUUUUCACGUAA